UUACCAAAGCUUCGCCUGUGCUCCCGGUGGAGGUAUGGGAGCAGGUGAUAGACCAUUUGCAGGACUGGAACCGGGAGUUGAAGGCGUGCGCGCUGGUGUGCCAUGCAUGGUACCCCCGGAGCCGCUUCCAUCUUUUGGAACGAGGUUCAGUUCUUCAAUCAACGGGAUGUAACGGCCUGCGCAAGGAUGCUGAGGAAGACGCCAAAUUUGGCGGAUCGAGUGUGGAAGGUUGGCAUCCUAGGAGGAUGGAGGCCGAUCCCACAGCUGUCGACAGCGGCGAUGAUGCUUGCACGCAUGCUGCCACGGCUUCAGGAGCUUUACAUCUGCAAUGCAAUUUGGCAGCCUUGGGCGAUGCAUAAGGAUCUCUUUCUGCAUCUAUCCGUCUUUUCCUCCGUUAAGAGACUCGACCUUCGAGACAUCACUUUUCCAUCCCUUACGGUCUUUGGGCAUGUCAUCUAUGCCCUGCCCGGUCUAAUCAUGCUAUCCUGCUCUGGUCUGAGGUUCAUACACAAUGACUUCAAUCACAUGGCUUUUGAUGCACAUCGCGAUCGCAUGAAGAUUACGGAGCUACACCUUGACGGCUUUGGUACCAAAAAAGCGAUCGAGUUUUUCAUCUCCACCAGGACCGCG